AAUAUAGUAACUUAUAGUUUCAGAUAAUUGUAGAAGCAGAGGAAAGUUUUCUCUUUUCUAUUUGAAUUGCACCAAGAGAGAAGAGAUUAUAAUUUUCCAGAAUUAUGGGUCGUGGAAAAAUACCAAUUAAAAGAAUAGAAAACCAGACGACAAGGCAAGUCACCUUCUCCAAGCGCAGAGCUGGUCUUUUGAAGAAGACUCAUGAACUUUCAGUGCUUUGUGAAGCUCAAAUUGGUCUCAUCAUCUUUUCUAGCACUGGAAAACUGUGCCAGUACUGCACUGAGCCUUUCAGGAUGGAGCAAAUCAUAGAAAGGUAUCAGAAGCUUACAGGGACCAAAAUUCCAGAGGAUGAUAGGAGGGAAAAUCUAUAUGAUGAAUUGGCAAUGCUAAGGAAAGAAACUCGCCGUCUUCAAUUAAAUAUGCGACGGUACACCGGUGAAGACAUGAGCUCCAUCCCUUUUGAGGAUUUAGAUGAACUCGAGCAACAGUUGGAAUACUCCGUUGCCAAAAUCCGCAGCCGGAAGAAUGAACUCUUGCAACAGCAACUGGACAAUCUGCACAGGAAGGUGCGGAUGUUGGAGGAAGAAAAUGGGAAUAUUUACCGUUGGAUCCAGGAUCACCGCGUGGCAAUGGAGUAUCAGCAAGCAACAAUAGAAGCAAAGCCAGUGGAGCAUCAACAUGUUCUUGACCAAUUCCCAUUCUGUGGAGAACCAAGUAGUGUUCUUCAGCUUGCAACUAUUCCUUCUCAAAUCCACUCUUACCAUCUCCAGCUUGCUCAGCCCAACCUUCAAGAAUAAUAAGAUUUUCAGUGAUGGGUUUCUUAGUACAAGUACAACUACAGUGCAAUUAAUUAUAGACAGUAUGCGUUCAUUGCUUCUAAGACAGACUGUUAAUAUAUUUGGUUUCUCAUUGCAUUAAUGUUCUUCAAGUUAUGGUUUGAAGUUAUAAUUAAACAGUAGUGGUGUGUCAUCUUUGAGUUCAAAACAAUCUAGCAUAACUUGAACGUUUGGAAACUUUUCUUUGUAUGUAUGUCCUGGUAUUCUACGUACGUAGUUGUGUGUUUGUGUUCUAUGGAAGCAAAGAAAUAAAGGAUAUUAAGUACACCUAUUA